AUGUCGCGCUGGAAGGAAAACAUUUAUCCUGCUCCGCCCCACUACGGCAGCUCUUCCAACCCCUCCCGACUGCUCCCCUGCAAGCGGCCGCUGCAGUCUCCAUGCCCGCCGCCUCGCCGGCCGCUUGCCGAUGUCACGGGCAACGCCCUGCAGCAGCCCGGAUCCGCAGGCGGCGUGGAGGGCAUCGAUUACGGGUACAUCACUCCCCUCCCCAAGGUGCCCAAGUCUUGCGGGUUCCUUCUAGAGGACGACGACAUGGACCAGGCGUUCUUGCUUGAGGUGGACGCCAUCUGCGAGGAGCACUCGCGGUCCAUGGCCGGGAAAGAUAAGGGCAGGGAGAAAGAUUCGACGGUGGAGCGAGGGCCGAUCGUUGUGGCGGCAGCAACCCACGCCGGACCAGAGUGCGGAACGCUUGAGGACGCAUUCUGGACGGAGGCUGCCAUUUUUGAGGAGUGUGAUGCUCAGCCUGCUGCCAAGAGCCAGGAUGAGGAGCUGAAGGAGAUGGUGGAAGAGGAAAGCUCGGUUCUGUCCUGUGGUGAUGAUUCGUUUCUGCCAGCUAUAUCCAUCGCAGAUGACUGUGUUAAGUUGGAGGACACUUUCUGGGAAGUCAAUGUCAAUGCCAUCAGCAAGGAGCACCAUGUCACAUCUUCUGAGAUGAACCAGGAGCACUACGUCACAUCUUCGGCGAUCAACCAGGAUGAGAUAGAUGUGGUGUACGUAGAAGAUGGCUCAGUAGCAUUAUGUGUUGAUUUCCCUCCAGUAAUAUCCAUUGCGGAGGAGGGAGGAGAGGUUGUUGAUGCACUCUUGGGGGAGGUCGAUGUCAUCCAUGAGGGGCAGGUUGCCAUGUCUGCUGCCAAGGGCAAGGAGGAGCCUGGGGAGAUGGGACUAGAAAUGGAGGAAAAUGAAGGGUGUGCCCCAAGGAAGUACUAUGAGUAUUUGCACUCCCUAAACGACAAGCAGAGGAAAGCUGCAUGCAGUGAUGUUGCUGUUCCGUUAAUGAUCGUUGCAGGUCCAGGAAGUGGAAAGACUUCUACAAUGGUCGGCAGGGUUCUCACAUUGCUCAAAGAGGGAAUUCCACCAUCGAACAUCCUUGCUAUGACAUUCACAACUGCUGCUGCCUCAGAAAUGAGGGACCGGAUAGGGGCAGUGGUCGGGAAGGCAGUUGCCAAAGAGAUCAUAAUAAGCACAUUUCACUCCUUCUGCUUGCAGCUUUGCAGGACCCAUGCUGAAAAGCUAGGGCGCACAUCUGAAUUCAUAAUAUAUGGCCAUGGGCAACAGAGGAGGGCCAUUAUUGAGGCAGAACGCCUGUUGGAGCAUGGCAAAAGUGAUGGUUUAGGAGAUGCAGUUAAGCAGUAUGAUGGAGAUAUUAAACAUUCUUUUAAAGACAAAGCUAAGAAGUGGUUGAAGUUUGUUACACAGGUGCCUUCUACUUCUGAAGAUUCAUCACUAUCAUUUUAUAGUUUUUCGCAUAAUAUUGAAGGAACUGCUUCAGUAUGCUGUGCAGACAUUUUUCUAAAGGCUUACUGCAUAUAG